GGCCUGGUGCUGAUGCUCGAAAUCGCCCGAUCGUGGCCGAUUCAACUGCUGAGAUCCGAUUUUCGACCAAUCGCGGCGCAACGAACAUCAACUCACGUGCAUGUCUGCGCCCAUCCGCCACCUGGAAGAGGUAGGGAAGAGAGCGGCUCACUCGCCAUUCCGUCGCCCGCCCAGGUCCCUGCAGAGGCUCCACCCGCCGCGCGCGCAUGACCUUGGACGGCCGUGUCUCUCUCCUGCUGGUGCUGCUGGCGCUCAGCGGCCUCAGCGUCAACGUCGGCGUGCAGGCGUUCGCCCUCGAUGUACCAGGACUCAAGUUGGCGCUGCUCGAGGAGGCGUGCCCGUAUCUCGGCUGCUCCGUUGCUGCUGACGCCGACAGUGAAGCUCAAACAACCCCCGACGAUCUGGUCCCGUCCGAGAUGCCGCUGACGCUGGAUGGAGAGACGAUCGUGCGCAAGUACCCUGCGUUCCCGCACUCGCCGCUGUUGGUGGCGGCUGGAACGUGCGACGCUGUGGUGCUGCGGUGGCGCAGCUUCGAGACGCUGCUGUGGCCCGUGGAGCGAUUCGUGCUGCAGCGAUACCCGGACGUCGAGGACCAGCCGCAGUGGAGCACGCUGCUGGACAGUAACGCGUCGGAGCUCGUGGAUCUGGACGUCCAGCCUGGGCGCAAGUAUGCCUACCGCGUUCAGGCCAUCUGCAGAGACAACGUGUCGAGCGCGUACGAGUACCAUUGGACACAGGUGAACGGCGCGCAGAGUGGCAGCACCUCAGUGUGCCGCACGUCGGCCGCGUUGCUGGGAUCUGUCGGGACGCUCAACGCCGAGGGGAUUCGCUCGCUUGGACUCAUCUUCGCGUGCUUUCUGACGGUGUACGGACUUAUGCGUGCCAGCGUCAUGGGCGUCCAGGGAACGCAGUCGCGCAGUUAUCGCCUCAAGCGGAUUAAGAAGUCAACGUCCGAGGUCGUGGCCCCCGCCGUCAGCAUGUCUACCGGACAGGGAGUCACGAUGAUGCCAAGGCGGUCAUCAACGUCGACGUCCAGCUCGUCGCCGUCCAUCGAGGUUGAUCCGAGUCAGCGCGAUAGCAUGUCACCCUCGACUGCUGCUGCGUCGGCGGGAGGCUUGAUGCGUGCACACAGCAGCACGGACGCCAUGCAGACGCCUCUACCGGCCACGUUCCGGCCAAUGUCGCGCUCCAUCGGCGCGAUCGAGGAAAACGCCACGGCGUGUCAGCACUGUGGUAAGCGCUUCGGGCUCUUCAGGAAGCGAUACAUGUGCGAUAUCUGUCACUCCGUGUCGCUGUGCCGCAAGUGUGGAUACCAGACCUCCGUCGACAGCUUCGCCAACGCCAGGACCGGCAUGCAGAUGAACUCGGUAGGCGGCUCUAGAAACGCGGGCGGACGCGGCAUGGGGCGCCGCCGCUCAAGCCUCAGCCAGCAGCAACAGAAGAAGCUCAAGAUCCGAACCAUCUGCAGGAGCUGCUGCGACGACGUGUAUCGAUACUCGACACACGCAAGUAUGAGACCGUCGUAUGUUCCGAGUGCCGACCCAUGUCUUCACACGGAGCUGCGAGGAUUUCAUUGUUCUCGCGCUUGGCAAUCACGGAAAGGCAUUGCCCGCCGAGCAGCCGAGAAGCUUGCCGUCAGCUGGGUCAGCAGUGCCACAAUCACCUCCACGCGCGCAAAGGUGCAAUGGAGUCGCCGACAGCGACACGCAACAUCUCUUGGAGGGGUUAGCCGAUCUGCGGCUCAGCUUCAGCGAGCUCCGCAUGUUGAAGCAAAAAAGCAAAGACGCUCGGAGCGAAGAAGGCGUCAUUCCGCAAUUUGCGAGCAAGAGCGUCGACCCCAGCAAGACUCCGCACGAAGAAGCCCCCGUCACCACAGCAUGAGUGAACUCCAAGGCCGCGUGUUCGCCCGCAAGGCGGCGUUCGAGGCCCUCGCCGAGGACCUGCGCGAGCAGGCGGCGGCGGCGCAGACGCUGCUGACGGAGAAGGAGGCUGAGGUGUUCACGUCCCACCACUCGGCGCUCGUCAAGGUGCCGCAGAGCGUGCGCGGCAAGGAGCUCGUGGACUUCCUCGAGAAGUGGCUCACGCCCGAGCAGGAGGAGGGGAAGAAGGAGGAGGAGACGGAGACCCCCGCCGAGCCCGAGAAGAAGGAGGAGGAGGCUGCCACGGAGGAGAAGGAGACCCCCAAGGCUGAAGAGGAGGCCCCCAAGACCGAGCAGGAGGCCCCCAAGGCUGAAGAAGAAGCUGCCAAGGCGGAGGCCGAGGCUGCCAAGGCGGAGGCCGAGGCUGCCAAGGCUGAGGAGGAGGCCCCCAAGGCUGAAGAAGCCUCCAAGGAGGAGAAGAAGAAGGAAAAGAAGGAGAAGAAGGUGGAGGCGCCGUCGCCCUACCGUCUCCGUGCCAAGGAGAUUGCCGAGGCGCUGGUGCUGUCGGGCUUCAUCACGUCCUACAAGGACCGCGUCAAGAACUACCUGGCCGAGGCCCCCAAGGAGUACGUGACGGACAGCGAGCUGUUCGUGCCGCUCUCCGAGGCGAUCACGGAGUCCAAGGACACCGCUGUGUGGAACGUCGUGGACGGCGCCAUCUACGCGUCGCAGCUCAAGCGCAAGGCUGGUGUGUUCUCGGCCUUCACGCAGGGCAAGGACGUGUACGUCGUGGCCAACGAGAAGACGAGCAAGAUCUACUUCUUCGAGUCCGACGUGGCGCGCGCGGUGCUGGCCGAGUACGGCGCUGCCGAUGGCUUCGUCCAGUUCGACAACGCCCACUUCCAGUUCGGCGUCAAGCUCGUGUACGGCGACAAGUUCGAGCUGCUGAACCUGGUGACCAAGGAGGGCCAGGAGGCCUUCCUCAACACCCUGCUGAACGUCGGCGUACAGUACCGCGAGGUGUACAACCUGGCCGCCGAGGAGGCCAAGUCGUUCUACGAGCUCAAGGACUUCGACAUGGACAAGAAGGAGGUGAGCAUGGAGGAGUACAAGGGCAAGGUGGUGCUGGUGGUGAACGUGUCGAGCAAGUGCGGUCUGACCCCCACGAACUACCCGGAGCUCCAGCAGCUCUACGAGAAGUACCAGGAGGAAGGCCUGGUCGUGCUCGGCUUCCCGUGCAACCAGUUCAAGAGCCAGGAGCCUGGCACGCACGAGGAGAUCAUCGAGUUCGUGAAGCAGUACAACGUGAGCUUCCCGCUGUUCGAGAAGCACGACGUGAACGGCUCGAACGCCCGCCCGAUCUUCACGUACCUGAAAGCCAAGCUGCCCGGCACGUUCGGCAACUACAUCAAGUGGAACUUCACCAAGUUCCUGGUGGACCGCAACGGCCAGCCGUUCAAGCGCUACGCGCCGACGGACCUCCCGCUGUCGUUCGAGGAGGACAUCAAGGAGCUGCUGGCCAAGGCGCCUGAGCCGGAGAAGACGGAGGAAGAGCCCAAGGAAGAGGAGGAGGUGACCUCCGUCAAGUCCGAGGAAGCUGCGACCGAGAAGAAGGAGGAGGAGGCCGCCGCGACGGAGGAGUCGAAGAAGGAAGAGGUCGUCACGACCGAGGAGUCGACGACGGAGACGAAGGAGGUGGCUGCCACGACUGAAGAGGAAGUGGCGGCCAAGGAGGAGCCCGUGAAGGCGGAAAACGCCACGACCGCUGUGACGGCUCCCUAAGUGGGCAUUGCCGGCGAGACUUCCCCGUCUUAUUCAUCGGCGCCAGAGGAUUCCACGUUGGCAUGCUAUCUCUUGCUGCACCGAAGCGUAGCUUAUUGAUUUUUAUUGGCACUUUUUGUAAUAGCAAAGUCAGAG